AGCUGCCGAAUGAAGGGAACAGGGAAUGUGGCUGCGGAGAAAAAGUCGCCACUUGUUCGCCUCAUUUUCCAGCGGCAGGCUCCAUUAGAUCAGUAGGAUGGCCAAGGACGAGUUUUUACUGCGCUCAGCGAGGGCGCCGGUGAUUAUAAAGCAGGAGCCCGACGACGAUUCGGACGCGGACGAGCCGAAUUUGAAGAAGUCGGAUGAGCUUCAGAUCAUCCACAGCGGGCAUUUCAUGGUGUCGUCCCCGCACCGAGAGCACCCUCCCAAGAAAGGGUACGAUUUCGACACCGUCAAUAAGCAGACAUGUCAGACUUACUGCUUCGGACCGUACAGCACGUCGCAUCUGUCCAUCGACGCCUCGCUGACCAAGCUGUUCGAGUGCAUGACUCUGGCGUACAGUGGAAAAUUGGUUUCCCCUAAAUGGAAAAAUUUUAAAGGACUGAAACUUCUAUGGAGAGACAAGAUUCGACUAAACAAUGCUAUCUGGAGGGCAUGGUAUAUGCAAUAUGUCGAAAAACGAGAGAACCCAGUUUGUCAUUUUGUUACCCCAUUAGAUGGCACUAUUGAGUUUGAUGAACCUCGAAGACCUGAAGCAGCUACUGAAGGAAAAUUUUGGAAGAGGAGAAUUGAGAUUGUAAUAAGGGAGUAUCACAAAUGGCGCACAUACUUCAAGAAAAGGUUACAAAAGCACAAAGAUGAGGACCUUUCAAGUCUGAUUAAACUUUCUGGAUUUGAUGAUGGAUGCCCAGAAACCUGCUGUAUUUCAUUUCAAGAUGACGACUUGGCAUUGUGGCGUGCAAAAAGAAAAGGAAGUGAUACACCAGUUCCUAUGGAGGAAGACCAACUCUUGGAUAUGGACAUGUUAAUGUCUGAAUUCUCUGACACGCUUUUUUCAACUUUGUCUUCGCACCAUCCUGUUGCGUGGCCCAACCCAAGAGAGAUUGCACAUGCAGGAAAUGCAGAUAUGAUUCAGCCUGGAUUGAUCCCUCUUCAGCCCAAUCUAGAUUUUAUGGACACAUUUGAACCUUUCCAAGAUUUAUUUCCAACAACCCGCUUUCCAUCUUUGGCUGGCAGCCUCUUCUCAUCUCCUGUUCCUUCUGCCCCUUCUGUUGCUCCCCUAGGUGGCAGCAGCUCACCAUCACAGGAAGCCAUCCUGUCGACCAGCAAUCUAACUGGUACAAUCUCAGUUAAUAUUGAGGAGGACUUAAUUCCAUCCCCUGGUCCUUCAGUGAUGAGCCGUGUUGAUACCAGCAAUGACAGUAGUAAUUCAAAAUUUACAGCUUUUGUCGAAAACCAAGAGUUUCAACCUCAGACAGUAAUUAGCAACCAGGAGACAUUUUUACCACUGUUUUCAUCUGAUGUGCCGUCAUCUCAGACACCCCAAAUGCAGCAGCAAAAAACGGUCAAGUCUGAAGUGCCUCCCAGCAUGUCUCUGAACGCCCAGACAUUUAUAAGUCCAGGGAAUCAGAAGUUUACAAUUUCUGCUUCACCACCACCAGCGAUUACUCAUACUGCCUCAUCUACGUUUACGCAAAUACCUGCUGCUACUACAUUCACCCAAAACCAGAAUCUUCAUCUUGCCACAAAACAGCAAGGAGUGCCUUGUAAUGUUACUAUGCAGCCACCAAAAAAUCCUACACCUUUUGCUGUACCAACAGCUGGCCCUCUUGCAGGGCCUGGAAGUAGGCCUAAACAGCUGCAGAAAUUUGUGCCUGUAAAGUCAGAGCUAGUUCCAAUAGCACCUGCUGCUUCACCAAAUGCCUUCCUAACACAGUUGUUGGCACCAGGCUCCAGUGCAGUUCUUGUAACCUCAACCCAUUUGAAGGCUGAAGGAGUACUGACUUGUAGAGUUACCCAACCCAGUGUUGUUAUCACACCAGCUGCCAUUGCCACGGCCUCAGGUGUAACAGAUUUCCAUGGCAGUAUUUUAGUUGGCCCUGCACAACAACCAGGAGUGAUGAGCACAUCACGGCAGACUUCGCAGCAUGUUAAAUCAGCCAUGUCACAUUUGUUUGCUUCAAAUGUGGUCCCGAGUACAGUACGAUUACAGCCCAAAACGGAACAAAUUACACCUCCAACAAACAGGCAGGCACCUUCACCCACACCUACAAAUCGAGAGCGACAGAAUUCGGGCCAAGGGUCACCAGCUUCAUCAGAAAGAAUUCCCAGCCCACAGUCUCCCAUAAACAGUUCUGCAAAAUCUAAACCAGAGCAGCCAGUUGUAGUACUUAAGAAUCGAAGAAUGACCCAUAUUUCAGCAGAACAGAAAAGAAGAUUUAACAUCAAAAUGGGUUUUGAUACUCUUCAUAACCUGGUGACCACGUUAAAAUGUCAGUCUAACAUAAAGCCGAUUAGCAAUGCAGUCACCCUGCAGAAAACGGUGGAAUACAUAGCAAAACUGCAACAGGAGAGGGCACAGCUGCAGGAUGAAGCAAAACGUCUCAGGGAAGAAAUUGAAGAGCUUAAUGUUUCAAUCAGUAUCUGUCAACAGCAGCUUCCUGCUACUGGUGUCCCAAUAACACAGCAGCGAUUUGAUCACAUGCGGGAAAUGUUCGAUGAGUAUGUCAAAUCAAGAACACUUCAGAACUGGAAGUUCUGGAUUUUUAGCAUAAUCAUUAAACCUUUGUUUGACUCUUUUAAUACCAUGGUUACAAGCACAAGUGUAGAUGAUUUAUGCAAGUCAACGCUUUCCUGGGUGGAUCAACAUUGUUCUCUACCAGUUCUUCGACCGAUGGUACUGAGCACACUUCGUCAUCUUAGUACUACCACAUCCAUUUUGUCUGAUCCAACACUGAUACCUGAACAAGCAAUUCAAGCUGUCAAUCAAAUCAGUAAGAGCACUGGGGAAUCAUAGCAUCUACUCCUGAUGGGAUUCCCUGUGAAAUGUGGAAGUCUCAUGGUUGAAGAUAGUCCUUCUGGUGGAAAUGCGCAGAAUGCUUUUCAUCCCUCUCUUCCUCUUUGUGACUUUUGCACUUUAAACAUUAUGAAAGCUGUGAUCUGGAAAGUUGGGCAACCUAAAGUUUACUACUGGGUCUUAAACACUUGUUCUUCAUUAAGCUUUCUGAUUUAAUAAUAAUCCCAAUAAUUAACCGCAAAAGAUAAAUUCCAAAAUCAGUGAACCCAAUAUUACCUAUAAGUGUCGAUGUUUGCAUGCUAAAUUUCCUGUGUGAUACAUUACAUUUCCUUUUAACACAAGCAAUAUUUAGUCUCUUUUUUCUGCACUUAACAGAAUGUAUCAGUGUAGUGCAGAACUUCAGCCUGUGUCACUUGUAGCUCAUGGGGAAGGAAGAAGAGAGGAAAAAUGUUAAGUACAUUGCAAAUAAUGUAUGCCGGCUACUUUUAGCAUUGUUGGUUGUGAAGAUUAAGAAUAAGCUUAAUUAUUACUCUCUCAUUAAUUUACUUUCUUACUUUGUGCUUGCUUCCAAAUUUUUAAAUAUGAGUACUUAGAUUAAUUUUUAGCUUCAAACCUACGCUUUCUUGCAGUUGAUUUUACUUUCUUUUUUAAUAACAUGAGCAUAGGAAUGCAGUCUCCUAAAGAAAAAUCAGAAGGUUUGUCUGUUGGUAAUUCAACAUCCCUCUUCUGUGCAUUGGUCUCAUGAUCAAGAAGAAAGUAACACUCAGGUACAUAUAAACUGCAAAUGCUAUGAAUAGCAAUAAAAUGUUGUUUGUAGUAAAUGAAAGCCUCAAGUUAUAAAAUCCAUCUAUGUAGGUCUUUGUAAAUUGCUAUUAAAAUUAAUGUGUAAUUUAUUUAAGGGAAGUACCUCAAGAGUGAUACUUUUUGGAUACUUCCAACAAUGUUUUUAUUUUGAAACUCCAAUGCCUCAGUACUACCCUAUUGAUUAGUUCUUUCUUAGCAAGCUUUCUGAAAAACACGAAGAUUGUACUUAAAAAAACCAAAGACAAUACUUAGUUGGUGUAAAAACAUGUUUUUGCAUUGAGUUUCUAUUCUACCAGUGGACAGGCAUGAAUAACAUUAAAUAGAUAAUGUGUUAUUAAUAACGGUCAAUGCAUGGAUUCACCUUUUAUGUUAAAUGGGAGGGAAAAACAAGCACGUUUGUUAGAACAUUUCCAUUGUUGCCUAAAGAAAAAAAGAUCUUCCCUUUGCAGAAAAUUAAAUUGUUUUGUAAUGAUGUGACAGAAAGCAUUAAUUCUGUUGUGGUUAUAUGGGGCUACAGAAAACCAAGUGAUAUUCAAUGUAGAUUCUGUAAGCAAUUGGUGCAAAAUCUGAAACUUGAUUGGUGUACAUAAUUGUUUUAGGGUUCCAGACCUACCUACAGAUUGUUCUAUUUAGAACCAUGAUGUAUUAAAGCUUCAUUUAUAUUUUAUUAAAUAAAACAGAAACCAACUCUACAUUUGACCUUUCAUUUUAGUGGUCAUUUGAUUAAAUCUACAUAUACUUACAGUGGAUGCUGGAUUAUUCAUAAAAGAUUUAUGCUUUAAAACAUUUGUCUUUGCAUGCCUCUGAUGAUUUGUUCAGUCAAAAGGUCUGUUGUGGUAUUAAGCCUACAGACUAGGAAGGUCUUGGGGUUGUGGGGUGGCUGAUGUUAGCCAAGUCAUUUGUACAUUGCUGCAUUGAGUUGGAUGAUUUCAGUCAAGGCAACGGUGAAUUUGGUUCAGUGGGCUUUGGUGAUGAUUUAAAGACAAGGAAAAGUAAACCUGGUGUUCUUGAAUAGUGCCCAGUUCCCACUCCUUUAAGGGUAUGAAUGUUGAGUGACAAUUGGGAUCACGCUUGGCAUCUUUGUGGACCAUGCGUACUCUGUGCCCAAAUUCAUAUAUGAGGAAUAGUCAUUUGAGGUGGGUGCCAAAGUUAACUAUUACUAUGAAGCAGUGCCCUAACAUUACCUUUAGGGGAGCUAAGGACAUUAAAUAUAACUUUGAAGUGAUUCACAGUGCUAGAUUGCAAACUGUGAGAUUUUUAUGUUGCAUCUUAGAAGAAGGCUCUUCAGACCAUUUAUGUUUCUACAAGCUCUCAGAAAAAAACUAAACAAUUAUUCUUAUUCCCCUUUUCUUUCCCCAUGACCCUGCAACUUUUCCCUCUUCAGGUAUUUAUUCAAUUUCCUAUUGAAAGUUGUUGCUAAAUGUGCUUCCAUCAUCCUUUCCAAGGUGUUUAGUCACAUUCAUUGCAAUUUGUUGCCUUACAAGGAUAUUUCUUGUGUUGCCUGUUAUUCUUUUGCUAAUUACCUUAAAUCUUUGCCUUCUGUUUACUGACCAGUAGAAAUUCUCUCUCCUUGUUUACUCAGUCAAAAACAUUCACUAUUAUAUACACCUCUACACCUUUUUUUCAUACUCCACUCUGUUGUACAGCAAUAAAAACAGCUACAAAAUCUUGCAUUAAUAUGGUGCCAUUAACAUGGCUAACCCAUUCCAAAGCACUUCACGGGAGCCCCAUUAAACAAAAUUUGACACAAAGGUGUAAGAUAGUUCUUUGACCAAAUAAAUGGUAUCUAAGUUAUAAAGAGCAUCUUAAAAGGAGGAGAAAGGCAGAGUGGUUUAGUGAGGGAUUUUCAGAGUUUAGGACCUAGGUAGCUGAAUGUUUGGCUGAAAAUAGUGGAGAAAUUGGGUGAGCUCCAAAAUUAACCCUAAGAAGAACAGCACUAGUUUUGUUUUAAGACUCUCUACGUAGUUGGAGUCUUUCAUCCUGGUGCCAUUCUAGUCCAUUUCCUUUGCAAACUCCACAAAGAAUUGAUGCCCUUUCUAAAGUGUGGUCCCCGGAAUUAGAUACAGUACUCCAACUGACAACAAACCAAUAUUUUAUAGAUGUUCAGUGUAACAUUUUUUAUAUUAAGCCUCUUUAUAAAUCAAGAAUUCUAUGUGCCCAUUCAAUAGCCUUCUCAACCUGCCUUUCCUCCCCUAGUUUCUCCAAGUUUCUGCAUGUUCUUUCAAAUCGUAUCAUUGAGUUUUUAUUAUUACCUCCCCAAAUUCUUCCUAUCAUACUUUGCUGUGUUAGGUUGCAUCCGCUGUAUGUUUGUCCAUGUCACCAGUAUGUCCAUGUCCUCCCGAAAGCUGUUUCUAAUUGUCUUGCUGGUGUCAUUUGCAGACUUUGAAAGUGGAAGAGUACAUGAAAUACCUACACUUGCCUACAGUCUUGAAAUAACCAGACAGUGAUAUUUUACAGUAAUCCUUCAAACACCCAGGUAUUCAUUUCUGUCCGACAGUUUAGCCAUACUAAGUCGAAGUUUUAUUCACAAGUGAAAUUUCUGGCAAGUGACUCAUUUAAAACUAUUUGAAGAGUGUUUUUAAAAAAACAAGAUGCUUUGCUGUUUACGAUGAAUUCUACCUGGUUUCAUACUUAAUGAAAAUAUCAAUUGAAAGAUCAUUCUUUGAUGUUUUAUUCUUGAUUUUGCUAAACUUGUUUUCUAUACAACAUAUUUUUAGAAUUCUAACGGCAGAAAAGGAAGCCAUUUAGACCAUCAGGUCUGUGGCAGCUCCUAAAAGAGCAAUUCUGUCAGUCUCAUUCCCCCACUCCUCCUGCACUGCCCAGCAAAUUAUUCUCUCUCACUUUCUUGUUGAUGGCACUGGUUCAAUUUCUACAUCUUUAUGGGCAGUGAAUUCUGGAUCCUAAUCAUUUCCUGAGUUACAUUAAAAAAAAAUCAUCCCAUCCCCUUUGUUCCUUUUGCCCAGAAUUUUAAAUUCUUGUCCCUGGGUCCUUGAAGCAUUCACUAAAGGAAGGAGCUUCCCUUUAAUUAACCCUAAAACCAGCCAUGAUCUUGUACACUUCUGUUGAAAUUCCUCUCAACAUUUUUUUUUCUUAAAGGCUUCUCCAUCUAACCUUCUGGUAGAAAUCCCCCUUUUACCAAGAACUAUUUUAGUAAAUUUUUUUGCACCCCCUCUAGGAUCUUCACACACUGGUGGCCAUCAGAUUUUACACAAUACACCUGUUGUGAUCAAACUAUUCCAUCUCGGCUUUUCUGUUCUGUGUCUCUAUUUGUGAAUUCCAGAGACCAUAUACUUUUCUAAUUACUCUCAACACACCUUCCAUUUUCAAUGAUUUAUGGCCACACACACACAGGUCCUUUUGUUCCUGCACAUCCUUUACAAUUAUGCAGUUUAGUCCACAUCGUCUCUCCUUAUUCUUCUUGCCAAGUGUAUCAGGUCACACUUCCCUCUUUUUUAACUGCUGUGCUUGUCCGUUCAGAUGACCUGUUUACAUCUUGCAGUUAGUACUUUCCUCCUCAUGGUCUGCCACAAUUCCAAGCCCCUCCUCAUCAGAAAUUUUGAAAUUUUUUGUCCAAGUCAUUAAAUGUACAUCAGAAAAAAAACAGUGGUCCCAACACAAACCCUUUGAGGAGAUGGCCACCAUUUACCAUCUUCCAGUCUGAAAAACAAUUAUAUACCACUACUGUCUGCUUUCUCUUUUAAACCAAUUUCCUUUCCUUGCUGCUUGUGACUCUUUAAUUCAUGGACCUCAACUUUUAUUAAAUCCUUUUUGAAAAUCCAUGUAAAUGAUACUCCUUUCCUUGGUAAAGACUGAAAUAAAGUAGUUAUUUAGUAUUCCAGCUUUGCUGUCUGUCUCAUCGCAAAUAUCACAUUCUUUAUCCCCAAUUGGCCCCACCCCUACUCUUAAGACGAACUUACUAUUUGUAUAUCUGUGGAAGACUUUUGAGUUUCCUUUUGUGUUAGCUGCCAUUCUCUUCUGACACACUCCCUGCUUGUCAUUAUCAUUUUGCUUCCUCUCUCAACUUAGAUUAUUUGGCCUGGUUACCUCUGAACUUACUCACUUUGUGUGUCUUUCAGUGUCUUUUCCAUUGCCAUUGUCAUCCAGGGAUCUCUGGCUUUGGUUCACUUAUCUUUCCCCCUGGUGGGAGCACAUGAAUGACAUUUUCUCUUACAGGUUAUCCCAGCCAGCUCCCUUCUCAUCCCAUUGAAGUUGGGAUUUCUCCCUGCCCUGUCGAUUACUGAUCUAAACCUCACGGUCCAACGAUUAAUGCUCCUAGGUGUUCUCCCACUUGUUUUUCUGGCUGGACUCACUCUCUGGAUCCAGAUCCAACAAUGUUACCAUCCUCAUUGGGUCGGGAACAUACUAAUCAAAUCCAAGUUACACUGUUGCACUGAACGACACAGAAUCUACAUAGAAGGAAGAAGGCACUUGGACCACAUCAGUGUUUCUGUCUCACGCAAGCUUCCUCCAUUUCUUUUGACAACCAAGCCUUUCAGCUAAUCCUUCAGUUCCAUUUUCCUGCACGUGCUUUGCUAGCUUGCCUGGACAUACAUCAAUGCUAUGUGUCUCAACUACUCCUUGUGGUAGGGAGUUCAACAUUACUAUCGGUCCUUGGGUAAAGAAGCUUCUCCUGAAUUUCUUCUUGAAUAUAUUGAUAACCAUCUUACAUUUAUAACCUCUUCUUGUUCUUCACCACAUUUAGAAUUAUUUUCACUACAUUCAUCCUGCUUAACUCAAUGGCUUCAGUCAGGCCUCGCCUUAGCCUUUUUUAUUGGAGGAACAAACCCAGUCUUUUCUGAAAAGUGCCACUUUUCAUUUCUAGUUUGCAAAUAUCUGCACAUCUCCCUGUGCCUAUACACAUUGUUUCUAUGAAUAGGUGACUAGUGCUGUGCAUAGCUUUCAGAGGUUCAAAAUAAGUUCGCGCAAGUCAUAGGGUCAUAUAACACAGAAACAGGCCCUUUGGCCCACCAAGUCUGUGCUGACUGUCAGGUACCUAUUUUGCACUAAUCCCAUUUUAUUCUCCCCACAUUCCUAUCGACUCCUUCCUGAUUCUACCACUCAUCUAGAUAGUUUACUGUGGCCAAUUAACUUUCCAACCAGCACAUCUAUGGAAUGUGGGAGAAAACUUUGGUGCCUGGGGGAAACACAUGCAUUCACAGUGAUAAUGUACAAAGCCCACACCGUCAGCACUGGAGAUCAGUAGUGAACCCAGGUCACUGGAGCAGUGAGGCAACAGCUCUACGAGCUGCACCACUUUGCUUUUCAGUUAUAUUCUUCAAGGAAUGAGCCCCAGGGUUUUUAAUAAUAGAUUUAUUAAUAUGUGACACUGUUUUCAGUGAUAGGUUAUUGUAACCUAACCUCACUUAACACCUGUUGUCCAUUUAGACUUCUAAUGUGCAAGUUGUUGGUGGCUUAUUUUAUCCCUUUGAAAGCCACCAUCUUAAACCUUUAGGAGAGUGACUCCCACAUCCGUAUUCAAAUUAUUUCUUUUUAGUUUUAAACAUAAUAAUUUUAAAUGUAUUACCUUCAGUUGUAAAUUUUAAUAUGUUCUUGUUCUGGAUUUAAUAGGGGCAUCAAUGGUUCUUGUACCACUUUCCAUAUUUCUCCCCCAAGGUAAAGGUGAGAAAGCAAAUAACUACUUUCUGGAUGACAAAUAAAAUUUUCUUUUCCAGUUUUCCAGGAACUGCAAGGUGUUUCUGGUCACGUAAAGGAAAAUUGGGGAGAGGAUUUAGUCAGAGUGGAGUAGGCAGAUCACAGUGUUUAUUGAUCCUGGGAGUUAAAACUAGUAUUCUCUAGUUGAAAGUGCCAGUAAUCAGACUGACAUGAUGAUUUGGCGGAUGGGAGAUGAGGAGUAACAAAAUCAUGUGGUGUAAAAUCCAAUGGUAGAAUGUGUUUUAUUUUAAAUUAAAAUCUUGAGUCUUAUUUCUCCAUGUGUGCUUUAUUUUUAAAUUUGACAUCUUAAAUAUAUGUGUCAUCUUUUACCAUUGUGAGCAAUGUAUUUGAAUAUUUGGCCUUUGAUUAUGACUAAAUUAAGUAAUAAUUGACAUUCUCAAAUUCUGCAGAAGGAACUUGCUGGUGGGAAUGCAAGAUGAAUCCUUCGAGUUGCUGCUCUCAAUUGCAAUCUGCUAUGCAACAUAAUUAUUAACUUUAAUUGAAUGUAUUUUUUAAUCAAUACUUUAAGGGACAUUAAAAUUCUUUGUGUCAGGGUACCUACUGGUGUGUGAACCAUGUCUGUAAAAGGUAAUUUUCUGAGCUUAGAUCAUAAAAGUGAUAAUCAUUCAAUUGUUAGUAUUUUUUGCAGAAAAUUAAUGAAUAUACUAUCUGUACUGCUGCUCUGCAAAUUUGAAUUACUGAAAACAUCUAUCCCAAAUAGAUUGUGCAGCUGAUUUAUUUUUGUUGUAUUUGCUACAUGAUGUCAGAAAUCUAAUUAUGUAUUGGCAUAAUAUUAACUCACAGUUGAGUUUGAGUGUUGGUCACAUGAAUUAUACUUUUGAUGAUGUUACCUGUUGUAACUAUUUUGUUUGUACCUUAUUUGCAUAAAGUUGAAGCACUUGAAAUGUAAUGCUAACUGUAUAUUAAGUCUAUCUGUGCACAAUCUGUGAAAAUUGUUAUUUGUUUUCAUUGCAGGCCAGGAUCAUUAAAAUUUUGGG